CAGUCAGUGCGUGAGGGGUUAAACGGGGAGUUUGCAGCAGUCUCUCCUUUCUGUCCACGGCAUUCAGCGGAAAAACAUCUGACUCCUGCUCGUUUUUCCGAGAGCUGUGUUUGGUGUUUGGUUUUUUUUUUUUUUUUUUUUUUUUUUUUUUUUUUUUUUUUUUUUUUUUUCUCACUCAUUUUUGUUGUUUUGUAGCGCUGGAGCCGUGAAGGCAUCACGGGGGGAAAACAACAAAAGUCACAGUUUUUUCGACAGCAGGAUAUCAAACAUCUUACUGCGCGCUUUCACACAGACAAAAUAACAAGAAAAGCAUGUGUGGGUGUUGAGAGUCGUCUGUCCGGUUGACAUCGCUGCCCCUGAACACGGAGCCGCUGCCUGCUGUCCACUCGUCCAGUGAGGCUCGCUCCACACCAUGUCUGCUGAGGUGGCGAACCUCCCUGCCGAUCCCAGCAUCGCAUCCCCAACUACAGCCUCGACCAGCACCCCUCCCACCUCGCCUACGACACCCACUUCCAAGGUCCCAUUCAAGAAAGAGAAGAAGAAAGUCCCAGAGAAGACUGAUGAGUACCUGCUGGGCAGGUUUCAAGGGGAUGGCGUGAGGUACAAGGCCAAGCUGAUCGGCAUCGAUGAUGUCCCAGAGGCCAGAGGAGACAAGAUGUCCCAGGACUCCAUGAUGAAACUCAAGGGCAUGGCAGUAGCUGCCCGGUCCCAAGGCAAACACAAACAGAGGAUCUGGGUCAACAUUUCCAUGUCGGGCAUCAAGAUCAUCGAUGAGAAAUCGGGAGUGAUUGAACAUGAGCAUGUGGUGAAUAAGAUCUCCUUCAUCGCCAGAGAUGUAACAGAUAACAGGGCGUUUGGAUAUGUGUGCGGAGCAGAAGGGCAGCAUCAGUUCUUCGCCAUCAAGACAUCACAACAGGCAGAGCCCCUGGUUGUUGAUCUGAAAGAUCUCUUCCAGGUCAUCUUCAACCUGAGGAAGAAAGAGGCAGAGGCCUCACAGAAGGGGGAAAAUGGCAGCACUGUAGUUGAGAAUGGAAGUGGUGCCCUGGAUGGUGGAGUAAAAACUGCUCAACCAGUGGAGCAGCUUGACCUUUUUGGAGACAUGUCGACCCCUCCAGACAUCCAGUCUCCAAAUGGCUCUAAUGAUAUUCUCUUGCUGGACUUUUCCGCUGAAGUUGACAGCAAUCAGAAUUGCAUAAAGGGGAACUCCUUUGUAACUUCCUGUGCCCCUGACCGUAGGGCAUCUCCCCAGACAGAGAAUCCCUUUUCCUCCACAUUUGGCUACUUUCCAACCCCAGACAGUGACCCUUUCAGAGAUGACCCCCUUUCUCAAUCACCCGCUUGGUCGGAACCCGAUAAUUCACAGAUCUCGAUCGCCGCCACUAAUCACCUAAACAGCACUGCUGGCAACACUUGUAAGACAAUUAUUAACGGUGGUUUGAAUGGAGACUCUGAACACCUCAGUCAGCAGAUUAAUGGCUUAUCCAGUAAGACCAUGAUCCUCGCGCUCAGUAACGGACAGUGGCCACUAGGGGGCACGAUUACUCAGAGCAACACGAUUACCAUGAUGGACGGGAAUGAAUCUGGGACAGCUCUCUCGACCAAAAACCCAUUUUUUGACUCGCCUUUGAAUACUCCUCCUGUCUGUAAUGGCAUAACGCAUCACCCGCAACCCCCAGUGACUCAUAGCAAGGAUUCAGUUGUCAUAAGCCCGCCCCCGCAGAGCUCUAAGGCUGGACGAGGUCGAAGGAGCGCAAAGUCCACAGCAAGUGACCUGUUUGGAGCAGAGCUAUUUUCUGCUCCGGUUAACUCUGAAGGGUCGUCUUCCUCGGCAGACCUUUUCAACAAUACACCUGCAAACUCCACUCCAUCCUCCAUAGCGGCUCUGGGGAAUCUUCAGUUAGGUCCUCCAGCUACCACAAGUAUCCCCGCUGCAGGCAUGUGGGGAGCCUCCAUGGCUGCACCUUCCAUGUUCCCCAUGCCAGGAAUGACAGCUCCAGGCCCAAGGCCCGCCUACCCACAGCCAUCUGCCUUCGGUGGCCUGCCCAUACCACCCACAGCCUGGGGCGCGCAGAUGCCAUCUCAGUUUAGUGCCGCGCCAUUAUCUCCGCCCCAUCUCAACUGGGGCCAGCCUCCACCAGCCGGGCCAAUGGGUGCUCCCGGUUGGGGUCAGCCCCCCAUGACCAAUCCUUUCCUGCCCGGCUCGUUCCCUGCAAUGGGUGACCACCAGCAAGGUCCGUCACGCCCCCCUCCUCGGCCGCCUGCUAAGGAGGCACCGCCGAAGGUAGAGAACACCGCCUUCACAGCUUUGGACCCCCUUGGAGAUAGAGAGAAGAAGACUGGAAAGGACAUGUUCAAGGACUUCCAGAUUGCCAAACCACCUGCCAUCCCAGCGAGGAAAGGGGAGCUGGUGUCCAACUCUGCUCCCGGCAGCAACGAAGCCGGGUCAUUCGAUCAGUACUUCAACAGCAAAGUGGGCCUGGCUCAGGAUAACGCAGAUCAUGAUGACUUUGAUAUCCAUCAAAUAUCAGCCAUUGUUAACGAUGUUCCGAAAGCAGCACCUGCUCCGGCUGCAGCCCCGAGCUUUGACCCCGGCCUCUUCGAUGAUGCCUUCUCUCCGACCCCCAUCGCAAACAACUCAGCACCAGCCCAGGGAGCCAAUCAGGACAUGUUUGAUAACGCAUUUGGGGCCCCAGAUUCCAGUCUGUUUGGAGCACCGCCUGCAGCCAUGCAGACUGCUGCAGUUGGCCAGUCUUCUGCUUUUGGGGAUCCUUUUGGAAAUCCCUUUGCUUGACCAUAACUUUGGGCAUAAUUGAAAUGGAGCAAAUGGAUAUCUUCACAUCGAAUAACAUCUUUGGCACAAGCUGCUACAACGUGCGCAAGACAAUCCAAAUUAUGAACUUUUCUAACUUUUGUCCCUGUCCCACCCUACUUUUACACCUCCACCUCUGAUGUUGUUGUUUUUUUUCCUAUCCAAUCAGUAGUUUCCUUAUCUCUAAAGACCACUGAUCUAAGAAGUAAAUGUUGUGUCCUGAUCUGCUGAAGAAAGAAAUGUUAUAUGUGUGAGAGAAGGUGCGUCCAAAGAGGUUCACUGCUGAUGCUGUCUGUGUUAAAUAAAUAAAGUAAUUCAAUCAUAA